AUGAACGACGACGGGAUCCGGGUGCCCGACGUGCCGCUGGCUCGGUGCGAUGACGAUAUGGACAGCAAUAGGAACAGUAAUCCCGAUGAAUCCAACGCGGCUUGCAGCGAUGGAGACGAAUCUGCACUUGAUGGCGAUUUGUCUGGCUCUUUGGAAGACCUCGUCGGAAACCUUGAUCAAAAAAUUGUCAAAUGUCUCAAGGAUUUGGGUGAGAAAACCGAAGACAUUGCCCCAGUCCAAGUCCGCUCUCAAGAUGAAGUGAUGGCAGAAAGCCAAAUCUGGUGGACGUUGACCGGAAACUUUGGCACCAUGAUGCCGCUGGAUUUCGCAAACUCGCAGAUCCGCCGAAAUAUGGUGCCCGGGCUUGGGUUGCGGGAAAAGAGCAACUCCCCUGGUGAUGACAACGGCGUCGACAUGUCGGAUGAGGACGAGCUGCGGCACCAACUGGAUAUGCACACCCUCGUUUCGCACGGACUUCCGUUUGCCGGCGAUUCCCCUCCACAAACGGCUGAUCAAGUCAUCGAGGAGAUUGACGAGAUGCUUCAAUCCUGUGAUCUGACCGGCUCGAUGAUGACGGAUAGAACAAUGGAGAGCGUGGAUUCCAUGUACUCUUCGCUUCGAAGUCCCUUCCCCUCAACCAUUAACCAAAAUGAAAUGGAAUUGCGGCAGCGGCAUGCCCAGCUCACCAAUUCCGACAGUCGUGCACUGGAGACGCCAUCGGAUUUGGAAGCCUUGAGUUAUUCCAAGUUGGUGACGCUGCACGCGGAAAUGGAGCAGUUGAUCCAGCUUUAUAACGAGACCUUGGUGGAGGAGUUGGCACAUCGAGACGAGUUGGAGUAUGAAAAAGAGAUGAAGAAUUCGUUCAUUUCCUUGCUGCUUUCGAUUCAAAAUAAGAGGAGGCAGUUUGUGAAUGAAAGGAAACGGAAGGGCGGAAAAAUCGAUGCCGCUUCGCUACCUCAAUACAUGACCGCGUCUAUACCUUUCAAUGAGGGGAUGCCACCAGAUAAUGCCACGCUUGCAUCUCUAAUUAAAAUCCUAAAAGCCAUCAACGACGACAACCCACAAGUUCCUUCGAUGCUUACAGAGUAUAUUUUGACAGUUGUUUGCCCAUCGCCAAAGAUGAACACAUCCCUUGUCUGC